AUGCCAGACAUAGAAGAACGUGGCCGUACUGAAUCUAAGAAGUCUUUAAAAGUUAACCGUUCACUUUGGAAUGGUGGGAAACCUACUAAGAUACAGAAAAAAGGUGAAAAAUUACCAAUUAAUAUUACUGGACCACUUACAUUAGAACAAAUGUGUGCAUACCAAGCUAUGUAUAGAAUUAAAGAGAUUACUAGUUUACUCAAUAAGGAACACCUUAAACCUCCCGAAUAUCUACUCAGGUCCCAAUCACCACCACCAAAAUAUGAUGCUCAAGGUAGAAGAACUAAUACAAAGGAACAGAUAUAUAGAAAAAAAUUAGAGAUGGAAAGAUAUAGAUUAGUAGAGAUUGCAUGGAGAAUGAUUCCAUUUUAUACACAUCCAGAGGGAUAUGUUAAACCUUCCACAUUUGAGGAAAAAUAUUAUAUUCCAGUCGAUCAAUAUCCUGAGAUUAAUUUUGUUGGGUUAUUACUUGGUCCUCGUGGUAACACUUUGAAAAGAUUACAAUUAGAAUCUAAAUGUAAAAUCGCUAUCAGAGGUCGUGGUUCAGUAAAAGAGGGUAAAAGUGCUAGUGAUUUACCAGAAGGUGCAAUGAACAUGGAAGAUCCUCUUCAUUGUCUUGUAAUUGCUGAUUCAGAGGACAAAGUAAUUAAGGGUAUAAAAUGUUGUCAAGGUGUUGUGAUAAAAGCUGUAACUUCUCCUGAGGGACAAAACGAUUUAAAAAGAAACCAACUGAGAGAUUUAGCCGAAUUGAAUGGGACUCUUAGGGAAGACACAUCACCAUGUACUAUUUGUGGUUUAAAAGGUCAUAAGAAAUAUGACUGUCCGGAAAGAGAAUCUGUUGCAUUUAGAAUUAUCUGUCAUAAGUGUGGCCAACCUGGUCAUAUUACGAGAGAUUGUCAAACCCAGGUUCCUCAAAAUACUAGUAACAAUGAUUCCUUUAUAAGUAAAACGCAGAAUCGAUUCCAACCUGCAACAAUUACCACUACUACCUCUCCUAAUAACAAUAUUACUGCAACUGGAUCUAAUUUUAAACACUUACAGGGAACAUCAUCUUCAAGGUAUCAGAAUUCUGCUUAUCAAUCAAAGUAUUCCAAUUCAUAUAAUACUAAUAACAAUCAAGAUAAUUCAAGGUAUGGUGACGGAAAAUAUGCAAACAAUGUUACUAGAAGAUAUCAAUCAAGGUACCAAAGGACUAUUCAGCCCCAACAACAUAUACAAAGUUUUAAUGACGUAAACUAUGAUAAUAAUUAUCAUAACAAUAGAUAUAACAAGAAUACAUUGCUACGGAAUAAUUCAACAAAUAUAAAUUCCAAUGCUUUCCUUGAUGCAAAAGAAUCAGCAAAAAAUCAUAUAUCAACAAUAAAUGUAGCCCCUGGGUUAGAUAGUUUUGAAACUUCUAUGACUCCACCAGGGAUAUCGAUGUUUACUCCUCCUAUUCCUGGUUUAGAAGCAAAUAGAAAAUCUAUUACACAACCAGAAAAUAAUAAUGGUGGUGAAAUAUCUGUUCCUCCAGGCUUAAAUGAACCCUCUUUACAUAAUCCAUCAUUACCCCCAGGUUUGUCUGAUCCAAGUAUUGAUAUGUCAACAUCUUCAUUACCACCUGGAUUGGCAUCAGAUACUCCACCUGAAAACUCUCAUUUACCACCACGUUUAGCAGGUCCACCAGGCCUAUGA